AUGGUCACCAAUACUUCCCUUCAGAUUCCUCAAGGCCCAUUGUCGAAAUCUCCCAAUAGACCCGUCUCUGCUAACGUUCAUUCACCCUCUGCUCCUUCACCAUCACCCGCCUCUUCAUCAAGAAGACAACGGGCGUCACACCAGGUUGUCUCCCCACAGCAGCAGAGCCGUGAACAAAACUCAAGUAGGACACAAGAAGAAGCUGAUCCUCCUUAUACAGAUGUAUAUAACCAUCCUGCAGCAAUAGCAUACGUUGCUGCUCAUCCACGGAGGACAAUUCCGAAAUUUGGUCCCUAUCUCCUUUUGCAGACGUUGGGUGAAGGAGAAUUCGGCAAAGUCAAGCUCGGAUUGCAUUGUCAAUGGGGCGAAGAAGUUGCAGUAAAAUUGAUUCGACGUGGUAAUGUUGACACUGCAGUGCGGAUGUCCAAAGUCGAAAGAGAGAUUGAGGUUCUUAGGAAUCUCAAGCACCCGAAUAUCGUUCGUCUCUAUGACGUUAUCGAAACAGACAAAUAUAUCGGCAUAGUCAUCGAGUAUGCCUCAGGGGGUGAACUGUUCGACCAUAUCCUUGCACACCGGUACCUCAAAGAACGAGACGCAGCCAAGCUCUUCUCCCAACUCGUAUCAGGCGUCUGGUAUAUUCACCAAAAAAAAAUUGUCCAUCGUGAUCUCAAGCUAGAGAACCUCCUCCUUGACCGCCACCGAAACGUUAUCAUCACCGACUUCGGCUUCGCCAAUAGAUUCGAACACCGUGCCGAUGACUUGAUGCAGACGUCUUGCGGUUCUCCUUGUUAUGCCGCUCCUGAACUUGUCAUUAGCGAGGGCCUCUAUGUCGGCAGUGCUGUAGACAUCUGGUCGUGCGGUGUCAUCCUGUACGCCAUGCUGGCAGGAUAUCUGCCUUUCGACGAUGACCCCGCGAAUCCAGACGGCGACAACAUUAACCUGCUGUACAAGUACAUUGUCAACACACCCCUCUCUUUCCCUAAUUACAUUUCCGACUCUGCACGGGACCUCUUGUCGAUCAUGCUUGUCCCUGAUCCCAGUCGACGCGCUUCACUCGACUUGGUGAUGAUGCAUCCCUGGCUGUCGACGUAUAAUCUUCCUCCCAACGAGGAAGCUCUUAGAAGCGGUAAACCUAUCGCGUUUGGAAAGACUGUAGAAGACCUCGAGGGCAUGGCGAUGGAGCAGCAUCAUCAGAAGAGAUUGGCUUAUCAACGACAGAUCAAGCAGGCUGCUGCCCAACUUGCAGCCAAUCGCGAGAUAAACCCCAAUAACACUCUUCCAAUGAUAGGCAGAAGCCAGUCUUAUAAACCUGAUCCCCAUAACACUUCGUUACCGGGUGCUGCCAUUAGGAGCCAGAGUCAGGCUGUUGAAGCAAAGAUACCCUUGUACGAAACCAAUGGAAGGGUAGAGAAGGAACGCGAUAUUUACAUCUCGGAUGCUGUCAAUGCCGAUAAUCCAUUCGCUGCACCCGGUGCUCAUCCCUCGGAAAAGAGGAGUCAGCAGGCUGCGCGCCAUACUGUCCAAGUCGAAUACGAUCCGAAGCCAGCAAGGAGACCUCAGGAGGACCAGGAGCGGAGACGCCAUCAGCGCGACCGAGAACGAGAAGAACAAUCUACGCCCGUCAAACAGGACCGCCGUACCAAGGAAUCGCAGCCUCCUAGUUCCACGAAGCCGCUUCCCAUCACGCCCAGUCCCAUGCCAAGUUCGUCCACCGAACGCAGAGAUAAAGAAAGAGAGCAGGAGCAGGAGCAGGAUAGGGAGAGAGAACGAGAGCAGGAGAAGGCAAGGGAGCUGGAAAGGAGACGGGAGGAACGCGAGAGGGAGAGGCAGAGGCAGAGGGAAAAGGAGAGAGAACGCCGCGAAAAGGAGAAGGCGCGAGCGCAUGCUGCUUCGAAGCCUGUUUCUCCACCCGUAUCGAACUCGUCGUCUGCUUCUCAGGAUACACCUAGCAUGAGUAUAACUCCUGCGAGCCCUCCCGACACGCCACUGAAGUCCUCUUCGCAUGAUCAAGGUAGUGUCGGAAGCGGUGGAAGCGGUGGCACCAAGACGCACAGGAGGGGAAUGUCGAGUGUCGAUAAGUUGAUCAAGAUCGUUACUGGUGGAAGUGGGGACGAUUCUUCUGCUCAUACCCCGUCCGCUACCCCCACCAAUGCUUCUGGCUCGCUCUUGUCUCCCGAUAGAGAGAAAGAGAAGGAUGAUGGCCCGAGUGCUCCUUCUUCAGCGAGGAAAUCUCGCCGCUCAACUCUUCAAGUCAUGGUCGGGUCAUUCAGAGGCGCCGGACGGUCUGCUUCCUCAACAAGGAAAGGAGACGCUGACACCCUCAAGACACCUGUGUCUGCAGUACCUCCAACCAUGGUGGAUGGAGAGAAACACCGUGGACGAACAAGAGAUGUCGUCCCAGACGAUUUUAGUGCUUCUGCUACCUCUGCUGCAUCCACCAAGAAAGCCAUGAACGUCAUGCAAUGGUUCCGGAGUAAGAGCAAAGCACGCGAUUCAGUGGGGAUUGGAGGGGAGAGCCAGACACCUGCUAAUGAGGAUGGAUAUGCCACGAACAGAAGCCGUAAGAACGCUUCAUCCAGUAUCAUCAAUCAACCCGGAACGAUACCGGAUGCUUACAAGACAAUGCCCGCAACUCCAAUGGGACCUCGUAAUGGUUAUACUUCAGAGACAGCUGCUCCCCCGGCACAAACGCCGAAUUCUAUCAUUAACCGCUUCCGCGACAGCUUUACCAUCUCAAACACUACUCCUGGUUCUCGAGGGCACCGAUCGAGUAUGGCGAAAAAACAACCAAUACCCGCCAAUCCGCUACGAGUUCAUCAUGGUGCUGUAGACCCGGAGACGACGACGACGAAACCUCCACAAGAGGUGAUGAAACACAUCAAGGGAGUGCUUCUUGGCAUGGGAAUUGCAGUGCAGGCGGAAAGUGAAUACAAGCUACGGUGUGUGAGGGCCAAGAAGCGAAAGGAGGCUGCAAGCCCCGUCGCUACUGUUGGAGAUCGACCCUAUGCUGCCGUGACGAUGGUUGGAACUGCAGCGUCCAAUGGGGUGGACAAACGUGGCUUGCCUGUUCCUUCUCAGUCAUCUGCAACGGGAAGCGUGCUGAGGAUGCUCAUGCGGAGGCAGAGUUCUCAGGUGUCGACGGAGGAUGGCGGCACGAUGGGUAUUGACCCUACAAAUGAUGCGAAGGAACCGGUGUACGGCGAGUGGUCGGAGGACGUUGGCGAUGAAGUCAAGUUCUCUGUCGAGUUGACAAGAUUGGAUAGGUUGGAAGGGACCUACAGUGUGGAUAUUAGAAGAAUGAAGGGUAACCUUCGGAGUUACAAGUUUUUGUAUGAUACGAUUAAAAGCCGCGCUGAAUUUCAGCGAUAG